GUUUUCUCACAACUAACAGUCAAAUCCCUUUCCAAUAAGCAAGAACCCUUGCAACUACUCCUUCCUUUCUUCUUAAGUUUUCGUUUUUGCUUCCCUCUAUAAAAAAACCAAUAUCCCCCAGUCCUAAUCCUAUCGGUACCAAAAUGACUCCUGAAAUAUGGGUUAUUCCAUUUUUUGGGCAGGGUCAUCUUCUGCCAAGCAUGGAACUCUGCAAGCUCAUUGCAUCCAGAAAUUUGAAAACCACACUUAUCAUUUCCUCUGAUCUCUCAUCCAGCAUUCCCUCCUCUUUCUCUCAAUAUCCACUCCUCCAGGUAGCCCAAUUACCCUCCUCUCCACCUCCUCCUCCUCCGCCGCCUCAGCCCUCAUCUGACCCCUUUCAACAUCACAUUAACCAUCAUUCUCAGAUGGCCCAAGCUAUUGAAAAUCUCAUCUCUAUCCGAUCCCAAAACCCAGAUUCUGGUUUACUAAUUUGUGCUGUGGUUGAUGUUAUGAUGAGUUGGACUGGUCAAAUCUUCAACAAUUUUGAGAUUCCGACAGUUGGAUUCUUCACAUCUGGAGCUUGCUCGGCUGCCAUGGAGUAUGCCAUGUGGAAGAAUCACCCUGAAGAUCUGAAAACUGGAGAGAUCCGUUUGCUUCCUGGAUUACCGGAAGAUAUGGCUCUUACGGAGUUAGACCUUAAAACAAGACCUCAUCGACCUCCUAGUCCUUCUCCAUCUGCAAUAGGUGGUGCACCACUACGUCCACCUGGCGCACCCGGUGGCUUUCCAAUACCACCUGGUGGUAUUGGGCCACGAAAAUUUGGUCCACCGAAGCCUGGCGAUCAGCCACCAUGGUUAGAGGAAACUCAGGGAUCAAUUGCGUUGAUGAUCAAUACCUGCAAUAUUCUUGAGCUUCCUUUCAUGGAGUAUCUGGCUAAUCAAAUUGGAAAACCGGUUUGGGGUGUAGGUCCGCUUUUGCCCGAUCAGUACUGGAAAUCAGCCGGUUCAAUCAUUCAUGAUCAUCAAUUCCGAGCCAACCGGCGGUCCAAUUUCACUGAAGACGAGGUAAUCACAUGGUUAGACUCGAAGCCACGUGGGUCAGUAUUAUACGUUUCAUUUGGCACUGAAGUGGGUCCUACAAUAGAAGAAUAUCAACAAAUAGCUCAUGCAUUAGAAAAAUCAAAUCGGUCAUUUAUCUGGGCGAUCCAACUCAGUUCAGGUCGACGCGGUCCACCAAGACCGGCCGGUCAAGCAGAAGCUGAAGAAUGUUAUUUCCCACAUGGGUUGGAUGAACGAGUUGGGGAGAGAGGUUUGAUAAUACAUGGAUGGGCACCACAAUUGUUGAUACUGAGCCAUCCAUCAACUGGUGGGUUUUUAUCGCACUGUGGGUGGAAUUCAACCACAGAAGCAAUUGGUCGUGGGAUGCCAAUUUUGGCAUGGCCAAUAAGAGGAGACCAAUUCUAUAAUGCCCAAUUGAUAGUGAAACAUUUAAAAGUUGGAUACAUGAUUUGUGAUGAUAUGUCAACAAUGGUUAAAGCGGAUGUCAUAGUCAACGGAAUGGAGAGGCUGUUAGGAGAUGAAGAAGUCAAAAAACGAGCAGCAUUUCUUGGUGCUCAAUUUCAGAAUGGGUUUCCACUGAGUUCAAUUGACUCUUUGGAUGCCUUCAGCGUUUUUAUUAACCGUAAGACAUAUCUGGUAUAGUUAAGUUUGAUCAAGUGCUAUUACAGCUGUUUUUGAUGUUAUAGUGUUAAUUUUAAAUUUAAAUUUCGCGAAAUUUAUAAUUUGUUUUUGGAUUUUAUUUUA